AUGUGCGGCAUUUGGGCAGUGAUCGGCGAGCAGCCGACGAGCACUCACCGAAGGCAAUUCAUGCGAAUCGUGGGACGUGGCCCAGACUUGACAGUAAUCCAAGAAGUUCAACCUGGCGUCCAUUUUGGUUUCCAUCGACUAGCCAUUGUCAUGCCUGGCGAUACUCCUAGUGAGCAACCGAUCGUUGGCGAAGGUCUGGCAGUGGUAUGCAAUGGCGAAAUCUACAAUCACAAAGAUAUAAAGGCAGAAUCGAAUGCCCAGGUGAAGAAUGACGGCAGUGACUGUGCAGCAAUCAUCCAUGCCUUCAUCAAUUCGGGCUACAAUCUACGUGAAGCCUGUGCUAGCCUCGACGGUGUGUUUGCCUUCGUGAUGGCCGAUAAGAACAACAUCUACAUUGGGAGAGAUCCCCUAGGCGUUCGACCACUUUUCUAUGGAUUUUCAGGAUCCGGAGCACUAAUUAUUGGCUCAGAAGUGAAGUGCACGGAGCAGCUAUGCGAUCGACUCGACUAUUUCCCACCUGGUUGCUGUGCUGUGGUGCCCAUUCAUGGGAGAACUAGAUCGAUUGCAGCCCAGCAUUACUACUCUGUGCCUUGCAUCGCUGAUCGAUUCCUCAGUAUUUCAAACGCUCAAACGCUCAUAAGAGAUGUGCUCGUGAAAUCUGUCGAAAAACGUCUUAUGGGUGACCGCCAAUUUGGUUUCAUGCUCUCUGGUGGACUCGAUUCCUCGCUGAUCGCUUCUAUUGCCACAAGGUUUCUAGUUAAGAAGCCUAUCGCGUUUUCCGUCGGUUUCGAAGACUCGCCGGAUCUUGAAAAUGCCAGAACGGUAGCCGAGUAUCUGAAUAUUCCUCACAAAGUGCUAGUGAUUACGCCUGAGGAUUGUCUUCGAGUCGUACCUGAAGUGAUCUACACCCUGGAGACAUUCGAUCCGCUUAUCGUCCGUUGUGGGAUCGCCCACUAUCUUCUUUGCCAGCACAUCGCGAAAACAUCUGAUGUCAAGGUACUUCUAUCAGGCGAAGGUGCUGACGAACUAUUCGGUUCCUAUGCUUAUAUGCAACGAGCACCAAAUGCAUUCCAUCUACAUAAGGAGAUUCUCCGCCGAUUGACUCAUCUCCACCAAUACGAUGUACUGCGUUGUGAUCGAUCCACAUCGUGCCAUGGCUUGGAAAUCCGGGUACCAUUCCUGGACAAGAGAUUUAUCGAUCUCGUGGCACGUCUUCCUCCAACCUACAAAUUGAUUCCGAUGAAGUUGGAGAAGUUUAUUUUGCGCAGUGCUUUCGAGGGAUGGCUGCCGGAUGACGUGUUGUGGAGGAGUAAAGAAGGCUUUGCAGAGGCCCUCGGUAAAACCGAUCUCGGGGAUAUUGUCCAUACAUAUGCCAGUUCGUUGAUAUCCGAGAAGAUGUUCUCGGAACGAGCCGAUCGCUUCCCUGAUAGGACACCAGAGACUCCAGAAGAGUAUUGGUAUCGAGAGAUAUUCGAGAAUACAUUCCACUAUGGAAAAGUUGGACCAUUGGUCCACACUAAAGUGUACAGAACAGCAGCUUGGCAUUUAGUUGAAGAGAAAGAGAAUUUGGACGAGUCAUUAGAAGUGAAAAAGGAGGUACAGUCGAUGAUGCGCCUUCGACGAAGGUCAACCGGUAGCACAACUCUGUCUGGAGUCGCUUGA